AUGGCCAGCCAAUUAGCAGAUCAGUUGCAGAACACUCAGUUAAGCGAUGGCGUUCCUCCACGACCUGAAGACUGGAAGCAGACCCUGAACAUCCCCGCCAAGGACACCAGACAACAGACAGAGGAUGUCACAAAAACAAAGGGCCUCGAAUUUGAGAACUUUGCGCUAAAGCGAGACUUGCUCAUGGGAAUCUUUGAAGCUGGCUUUGAAAAGCCCUCUCCAAUCCAAGAAGAAGCCAUCCCAGUUGCAUUAACUGGCCGGGACAUCCUGGCCCGAGCCAAGAACGGCACUGGAAAGACUGCAGCCUUCGUCAUCCCUGCUCUGGAACGCAUUAACCCCAAAGUCUCAAAGAUUCAAUGUCUUAUCCUCGUCCCCACACGCGAACUGGCCAUGCAAACAUCACAAGUAUGCAAGACGUUGGGUAAGCACCUCGGCAUCAAUGUCAUGGUAACAACCGGUGGUACUGGUUUGCGAGACGACAUCAUCCGUCUACAGGAGCCCGUCCAUAUUGUGGUCGGCACUCCGGGCAGAAUCCUCGAUCUUGCAGGAAAGAAUGUUGCGGACCUCAGCGAGUGUCCCAUGUUCAUCAUGGACGAAGCCGACAAGCUUCUCUCCAUUGAGUUCACCCCCGUCAUCGAACAGCUGCUCCAAUUCCACCCCAAGGACCGACAGGUCAUGCUCUUCUCCGCCACCUUCCCCCUCUCUGUCAAGGACUUUUCCGACAAAAACAUGACCAGCCCCUACGAAAUCAACCUCAUGGACGAACUCACCCUACGUGGUAUCACUCAGUACUACGCCUUUGUCGAAGAGAAGCAGAAAGUCCACUGCUUGAACACCCUCUUCUCCAAGCUGCAAAUCAACCAAUCCAUCAUCUUCUGCAACUCAACCAACCGUGUUGAGCUUCUGGCUAAGAAAAUCACCGAACUUGGCUAUUCAUGCUUCUACAGCCACGCUAGAAUGCAGCAGCAAGCCCGUAACCGCGUCUUCCACGAUUUCCGCAAUGGCGUCUGCCGAAACUUGGUUUGCUCAGAUCUUCUCACCCGAGGCAUUGAUAUUCAGGCUGUCAAUGUCGUCAUCAACUUUGACUUCCCUAAGAACGCCGAAACCUACCUUCAUCGAAUUGGUCGAUCUGGUCGAUUUGGUCACCUCGGCCUGGCCAUUAAUCUGAUCAACUGGGACGACCGCUUCAACCUCUAUAACAUUGAACGGGAUCUUGGCACAGAAAUCCAACCCAUUCCUGCGAGCAUUGACAAGAGUCUUUACGUUUACGAAAACCCCGAAUCCAUUCCUCGCCCCAUCUCGAACCUUCCCAAGGGAAACUGGCAAACUCAAAACGGCCAGCAGAAUAUCAACUCGCAGUUCAACGGAGGACGAGGCCGAGGUGGCCGUGGCCGUGGAUACCGUGGCCGUGGUGGUGGCAGCGGCGGCAACGGUCGAGGUCGCGGCCAGCCACCGCGAGAACCCCAAUCUUAA